AUGAGUGAAGUCGAGAAAAAUAUAUCUACCAUACUCUCCGGGAAGGUUAAGUUAGAACAAUUGGAGGACACUUUAGGUUUAGAUGAUAAUUCAAGAAAUACUGUCGUCACUGCUAUUUCCCAAGCUCAUGAUUCAAUUUUACCUUUAAGAUUGCAGUUUAAUGAUCUUAUACGACUAUUGUCGCAUAUCGAGGAACAGCCAACACAAACUUCGGAAGAAAAAUAUUUGCUGAUAAGAAGCAAACUGUUAGAUUUAUAUAAAAAUAUUGAAAAUUUAUCAAUCGACGUGAAGCAAUUACAGCCAUUAUUCCAAACAGUAUCUGAAUAUUCGACAAAAUAUAAAAAUAAGAAAUAUCAGCCAUUGGAAACACUCUAUCAAUCAAGUACGGGAGCAACCACGACAAUAACUAGUAGUGCAAAUACAUCCAAUGGUCCAAGCGUAACAGGGUCAACUAGUGCUGGUUCAGCUGCUAAUACUCCGAAUGUUUCUGCAUCCGCUUCUACUACAACAAAGAGGGCUAAAUCCAAUGCUGCUACACCAAGUAGUGCAACAAAUACUCCAAAUGCAAGUGGUGCUUCCGUUGGAACUCCAAAUUCUGCAUCUGCUGGUAUUACCUCAGGGAGUGGCAUUACUCCUAUUCCUACUACAGGUGUUUCUGCAGCUUCAGGUUCGGCUGCCACAACAGCUGCCAGCAUCUCAGCAACUACCCCAACCACCACCACUACUACUGUAAAGAAGCCAAGAAAACCAAGACAACCUAAAAAGACGGCUGCUGCUAACAAGAAGCAGCCCGUUCCUUCACCUUUAAAUUCCCAAAUUCCUCUGAAUACUGCUUCUAUCAACAACAAUAACACUUCUUCUGCAUAUAAUAAUAUGAAGGCAAAUAAUACCAACAUGAAGAUGGCUCCAAAUGCAGGACCAAUGAACAAUCAGGCACAAAUGAUGGGUAAUCCAUCUCCUAAAAAUAUGGUUAACACACCAUUAAACAACAUGAUGGGCUCUUUAGGAGGUGUCAGUCAAGACUAUGGAAUGCAAUUGCAAACUCCAAAUCAACCUACACCUUUACAAAUGCAAAUGGGCCAACAAGGAAUUCAGCAACAGGCCCCUCCAUCACAACAAAUUCCACAACAGUUUAAUAUGGGUAACAUGGGAAACAUGAAUAACAUGGGAAAUAUGAAUAGCAUGGGAAACAUGAACAAUAUGGGCAAUAUGGGCAACAUGAAUAACAUGGGAAACAUGAAUAACAUGGGAAACAUGAAUAACAUGGGUAACAUGGGUAACAUGGGAAAUAUGGGUAAUAUGAAUAAUAUGGGAAAUAUGAAUAAUAUGGGCAAUAUGAACAAUAUAACACCAGCAAGCAUUCUGAGCAUGAAUUUGUCUCUUGAUAACCAAUUACCACAACAACAGCAACAUCCGCAACAAAUAGGACAACAGCCUGACCAACAGGGUAAUAAUAGAAUGGAUACAAAUGAUUUUGAUCUUUUAGAUCUAAACAAUUUAGAUUUCAGUGGAGGAAUGGAUUUUGUUUAG